UAGUAGACAACAGAAAAUUUCCCCAUUCUUCUCCGAACCCUAGCUCCCCGCUCCCCGCUCCUCACGCCUCUCGCCGUCGCCGUCCCGCCGAGCCCAUGGCUAAGACGCGUCCGCCCAAGAAGAUCCUCGAGUCCUACACCAUCAAGGGGUCCGACAAAGUCAUCAAGCGUUUCAACCUCGGUUCCAGACUCCGUCUCCGAGGAGAUUGCGGAGAUGAACCGGAAGCUCGAGAGGUCCCAGGAGGACCUCAACCUGGUGAACAAGAGGUUCGAGCAGUCUCAAGCUGGGGACUGUGUGCUAAUGAGAUCAGCUGAUACAUCAAAGCCACCUUAUGUGGCAAAAGUUGAGUCCAUUGAGGCAGCAGGGUCUCGAGGCACAAAUGUGAGAGUACGGGUUCGAUGGUACUAUCGUCCAGAAGAAUCCAUUGGUGGGAGGCGACCAUUUCAUGGUUCCAAAGAGGUAUUCCUCUCUGACCACUAUGAUGUACAGAGUGCUGACACAAUAGAGGGAAAAUGCAAUGUCCACAGCUUCCGUAGCUACACAAAGCUUGAUUCUGUGAAUGCCGAGGACUUCUUCUGUCGCUUUGACUACAAAUCAGCAUCUGGCAGUUUCGUGCCCGACCGUAUAGCUGUGUUUUGCAAGUGUGAGAUGCCGUACAAUCCUGAUGACCUUAUGAUCCAAUGUGAGGAAUGCUCUGACUGGUUUCACCCUUCUUGUAUUGGAAUGACCAUUAAAGAAGCAAAGAAACGAGAACACUUUUUCUGCCAGAGCUGUACUGCUGAAAAUGGGAAGACAACUGAGAAUUUUCAUGAAGCCACGGGACAGUCAGAAGAAAAGCCGGUGGAGUCGAAAAGGCGGAGAAGGUGAUGGGCUGGAUUAAUUUGAUGGAAUUUCCACACGGAUAUACAAUAGCCUUCUAGUCUGAGGUCUGUGGUGUUGUUUGUGGCAGUCUGUGACCCCUUCUAAUGUCAGGCAUGCAGUGUACAUAACGUGCAACCUGAGAUUGUUGUAUUAGGAGAAAAUAGAAUUUGGACGCUAGUGUCCGAGUUUGAGCAGUAUGGCACCAUCAAGAUCCCUUGUGAUCUUCCCUCAAAAAAAAAAAUCCCUUGUGAUCCAUUAUGCAGUGGGGCCUGACCAGCCUUUUACGUUUGUGAGAGUCGAAUCUUGUGUUGCCAUGUGGAAUGUUUGUGUCUUUGUUUCAGAGCAACUCGUGGUGCA